AUGGCCGACGAUGAUGACUAUCAAGAUAUGGAUAACGACGAUUUCGUCGAUGACGAUGUUGAAGACGUCGAUCUAGAACAAGGCGAAGACGAACAAGACGACCAUCGUAUUGACAUCAUUAGCGCUGAAAAAGGGACAGCAUCAACGGAUCGAGUGACAACACCAUUCAUGACGAAGUAUGAACGAGCAAGAGUUCUAGGUACACGAGCGCUACAAAUUGCUAUGGGCGCACCGGUAAUGGUAGAAUUGGAAGGAGAGACGGAUCCGCUUGAAAUUGCCCGCAAAGAACUGAAACAUCGUCGUAUUCCGAUUAUUGUUCGUCGUUAUUUGCCUGAUGGAUCAUUCGAGGAUUGGUCGGUCGAUCAGCUUCAUGUUACGGACUGGUAA